UUUGCCAAAAUUACGAGAACACUUUUGCAAAAAAUUUCACUUAAAUAGUUGACGCAUGUAGAGGGAACUUUUAGUAUCGUGUGUUCAGUUGGAGAGCCGGUAUAGUCAACAGAUUGUGUCGAUAUUAUAAGUAUUAGUAACAAAAAUUAAAAACGAUAUGACAACUGAAAGUAGCGAUAGCUUCAGUGCUGACGAAUUAGUGGCACCCGAGUGGCUAAAUGCGCAGUUCCUUGAGGAAGUGCUUCGCAAACAUGAAAAGGCGCCAGAACUAAGUGUCCUGGAUUUCCGCAUAACGCCAGCCAGUGCCAAGUCAGAUCACUACGCGAGCGUCAUGUUUCGUGCGAAUGUUUCGUUUAGUACACAGGAGGGCAAGCUCUCCAAGUCGCUGAUCAUCAAGACUAUGCCCGAUCAGGAGGGUCACAAGAAAGAAAUGCUCAAUAGCUCAAACAUCUUUCGGACCGAGAUUGGCAUGUAUACGAAAGCGUUGCCCAAGUUCGAGGAGAUUCUUCGAGAGGCGGGCGAUAAUACCAGACUAUGUGUGUCCUGCAUCUAUUACAGCUUGGAGCCCAGACAGGUAAUGAUCUUUGAGGACCUGGUGCCGCAAGGCUAUUCGGUUGUAAGAAAUCGUGACGCAACCAAAGACGAACUGAAGUUAGCGUUCCUUAAGCUGGCUAAAUGGCAUGCGGCUAGCUUUCAUAUACUGCAUGAGCAACCAGAUUACUUGCAAGAAUUCAAACAUGGCUUGUUUGAAAUGCCUAGCGUUUUGAAAGAUCCUUUUUUUAACUCUGGCAUGGGUACGUUUAUUGGAUUACUUGAGGAAGUUCCAGAAUUAAGAAAGUAUGUACCUCAUUUUAAGAAGAUGGAAAAUGAUUAUGUGGAUCGCUUGAAAGCCAUAAUGCAGGAGUAUCGCAAUAAUCGCCAGCCCAACGGCUAUUACGUCCUUGGCCAUUGCGACUUUCAUCUGCGUAAUAUGAUGUUCAAGUAUAGCAAGGACAAUGAAAGUUUGGAAGAUGUUAUGCUAGUGGAUUUCCAAAUGAGCAAUAUUUGCCCGAUAACUCUUGAUCUGAUCUAUGCUGUAUAUAUGCUGAUGAGCAUGGAGGAUCGGCAUAAUAACUACAAAGUACUGAUUAACCAUUACUUUUCCGAGUUUGUUGCAUCAUUGCAAAAAAUUGGCUUUAAGGGCGAGUUACCGAAUUCGGUAGAGUUUUGGAGACAAGUAUCCCAACAUAAAUACUAUGAUAUAUUUUUGGUUACAACAUUCUUGCCAAUGAUGGGAGCCCUUAAGUUAAAAAGCUUCGAUCCCGCUGAACUGAUGCAAAAGGAAGAGGUGCGGAAAAAGUUGUACCGUUUUGAAAGUUUCAUCGAAGAUGUUAAGUUUUUGUUGGCCAGAUUUGACGAGCUAGGCUACUUUGAGUAAAAUCGGAUGUUAAAAUUAUAUAGAACUGUUAUUGAAUUCAUCAAUAGAUAUCAAAUUAAUAAUAAAUAUAGUUUUAUUGGUAUUAUUUAUCAUUAAAUCAGUACCAAUUC